GGGGCGGGGUUUCGUUGGAGGCAAAAAGAGGUUUAUCGUUGUUUGCUGUAAAAACCAAGAUCGCAACACAAAACUUGAGUGCAUUUAAGUGUGAAAAGGACAAUAAUACUGCGGCAAGCAAACAUGGAUGGAGGUGAAGACCAAAACACAAACACCACUAAUGGAAAUCCUCAGACAAGUGGGAACUCCCGUGCACCACAGAUAGCCCACAUGUCUCUAUAUGAGAGGCAGGCUGUACAGGCUCUCCAAGCUCUGCAGAGACAGCCAAAUGCAGCUCAGUACUUCCAGCAGCUCAUGCUGCAGCAGCAGAUCAAUAGUGCCCAACUCCACAACUUGGCUGCUGUGCAACAGGCCACGCUUGCAGCUAGUCGUCAGUCCAACACCCCAAGUAACAGCAUGUCCCAGGCGACCACCACUGUCAACCUAAGCACCACAUCUGCAGGGGGUACCACGACCAAUCCCCGUCCCCACGGCCCAGCCACCUCUGCAACAACAACAGCUCUUAACCAGUCAGUGUUGCUGGGUGGAAACUCUGCGGGACAGGGACAGAUGUAUCUUAGAGUCAACCGCUCUCUCAGGGCUCCCCUUGCUUCUCAGCUCAUUUUCAUGCCUGGUGGUACAGCAACAGCUACUGUGGCAACAGUUGCCCAGACACAGCCGCAGCAGCAGCAACAACAACAGCAACAACAGCAACAACAACAACAACAGCAACAACAGCAACAACAACAGCAGCAGCAGCAGCAGCAUGAAGUCGCUCCUAACACAGCCAGUGCCCAGUCUGACAAUGAUCAGGUUCAGAAUCUGGCCCUACAUUGCGUUUCCUCUCCCAGAGCAGUUGCUGUCAAGUCUGAGCUUCCUGAGAGGAAAGAUGUCGCCAACUUUACUCUCGGACAGCAGCAGCAGCAGCAGCAGCAGCAGCAGCAGCAGCAGCAGACUUUUACCCAAACAGCUCAGCAGCAGCAAGUGCAACCACAACAGCAGCAGCAGCAAAUGGCCAAAGCCAACUUUACCCAGCAGUCCACUACCAACGCUAUGGCUGUAAAGACUGUUACUCCUGCUGCUUCUGUAGCUCCUUCUUCCACCUCCUCUGCAGCACUCCCUUUGUCCCAACUCCUUCUGUCCUCCUCUGCUGCUCCCGUAAUCCUGGUGCCCACCUCAAAUGUUCCCACCACCACCCAGGGCUACCCCAUUGGCUCAGUGACCCCAAAAGCCAACAUCAACACUCAGACUCUGGUGGUGCAGCCCCUCCAACAGGCCAGCACGACUGCAGAGAAAGGACCUGUGCCAAUCCAGCCCAAGACAGCUCAGGGACACCGCUUACCUGUGCAGCUGCCUCCCCGACACCCACCUCCCAUUCUUCCAGCGCCACCUAACAACAGCCAGCAUAACACUCCACACAUCCCUGUGCAGCUUGUGGGAGCCAGGCAGGGCUUGGCAGGAAACGCACAGGCUGUGGCCCUGGCACAGGCACGAAGUGGCACGGCCCAGGAAAGUAACACUGGUGGAAAUGCUAACACAGUCUCCAACAACAGCGUUAUGAUAAAGCCCGCCAUUGGCUCUCUGAAGAGAAAAUCUGACUGUGAUGCACCAAAUGACAUGGCGACAGAAUCUUCAGACUCCGCACCCACGAAAGAUUCUGCUCCUCCCUUAUCACCUGCCCCGACGAAGGACUCGGCUCCUCCUGUAGCAGCCGCCUUCUCAUCUCCUCCCACCCUGUCCCUGCCGCUGCCCUUGUCAAGAGUCGGGCAUGGGGACAAAGACAGAGCGCCUGUUCCUCAGGCAGUGGUCAAACCUCAAGUUCUCACCCACCUCAUAGAGGGCUUUGUUAUUCAGGAGGGAGCUGAGCCCUUCCCUGUUGCUGGACUCCUGAAAGACAGAGAUUUUGCCCUGGUGGGCCGCUCAGAGAACGGACCUCCGUUGUUAAAGUGUGAGUACUGUGGAAGUUUGGCUCCAGCCAGCCAGUUCAGAGGAUCAAAGAGGUUCUGUUCAAAUACUUGUGCUAAGAGGUAUAACGUGAGCUGCAGUCAACACUUCAAGACAAGCAGAGGGAGGAGUGCUGCAGGGCUGGCACCACCUCCAGCACCCACUGAGAGCGCUGCUAGGCGUAGGGGCCCCUCUCGCAGGAGCAGUUCUAAUAUCACCUGUAAUAAAAUCUCAACCAGGCACCUUCCCGUUAAGUGUCACUCUGAGUCCAGUCGCUCGGAGGACAUAUCCAGCGACGGCGAAGAAGAGGAGGACGAUUCUCCUUCGCUGUCCCCAAGCUCCUCACACUCCUGCUCAAGAGCUGACGAGCGCAGCGCUCCUCCGUCUGACAGCUCGGCUCCUGGGAGCCUCCCACUAGAUGGGGCUAACUUUCUCUCAGCAACUCCUGCUCAGUGGAGCGUGGAAGAAGUCUGCAGGUUUAUCUCCUCACUUCAAGGCUGUGAAGAAUUGGCGGCCCAGUUUCUGUCACAGGAAAUAGACGGGCAGGCUCUGCUGCUCCUGCGAGAGGACCAUCUCAUCUCCACCAUGAAUAUCAAGCUGGGUCCCGCUCUCAAGAUCUGUGCCUCCAUCAACACCCUGCGUGAGUGAUGCAGAGAGUUUCUCAGAGGGUCACCGGGAUCGUUUUCUCAUUGAUGACGUCUCACUGGAAGUUCUCAGAUCCAUGGGGACAGUGAGAGCAGUUUUUACAAAACAGAGGUGUACCAUCAGUCACGUGGAGACGUGGGGAUGGGCGGUUUACUUUCUGGACGUUGAAUGUGCAAAAACAUGUAUGUAUACAGUUAAUGUGUGAGUGGCGAGCAUGGACAGUCUCAAAUAUCCAUGUCAGUAGUGUUUUAGAAGCCUUUUGUAUGUUAACUCUUAUGAAACUGUGCAGAUUUGACAGCCUGCAGCAGUCGGUGCUAGAUCGUCUCAUUAGGACAGUUAACACACACAAAAAGAAACGUUGCCUUCUUGCUGUAUUCAAACGGUGCUUUAACUUUAGUGACAUGAUUUGGAGUGAUGUCAACAUCGGUCCACUUCAUUUAUAUAUUUCAGUCUUUUUUAGUAGUUUGGUUAUUUACCGUAGAUGUUUUAUCCAGGCUCCAAUCACAUCGAGACUCAAAGACACACUCAAAAAGCCUGGCGUUUUAAUUAGUUCAUUUUACCAGUUAUUAAAAGUUUAGUUUUGUAUCUUUUUUUCCCAUUUUGUACUACAAUCAAAAUUAUUUUUUCAUGGAUACAAUAUAGUUUUAGUAGCUUUAAUCAACCUAACUACCUGAAAAUAGGUAUUCCUCAUGGUUUGCUCUCUCAAGGGCUGAGUGGAAGUGCUCUGUGUACAUGUAUGCAGUACCACCAAUAAACAAUACCUGUUACUGGA